ACUUAUCAGAUUUUUGAGGAGUGAUUCAAAAUUAGAAGGUUUAGAACUUGACGAUAACUUUUUUACAAAGCUUCGUGAUGAAAAUAUCACCGGUGAUUUAUUUCUCAAGCUAACAGGAUGGAAUUUUAAGGAAUAUGGAAUAACGUUAAAACAAGCAUUAGAACUUGAAGACUACAUUAAGGAACUGUAUAAUCGAACAGGAGCAUUAGGAGUUCACUAUGUGAAAGGGUCUGGUUCAAAAUCAAGAAUGGAACAAAAUAUUGUCUUACUUGCUUCACUUCCACAAUUCACUAGCACUAUGGCAGACAAUAAGCCAUAUCCUGGCAAUGCGGCUCUCAUUACCUAUCUCGAUAAUAAUGAUCCGUCUAACUGGUCUUUUUCUGACUUCCUUUCCUCAAAUUUCAAUACGAUCGUAAAUUCACCACCUGAUGCAAGUGAUAUUAAUACUCUCAACGGUACUUGGUGGAAACGUUUCACUUUUGAAGUAGAGGCAAAAGGCCACAAGGCUGUUAAGGGUCAUCUUUUGGGCAUCCAAAAAAUUUUCUACAAUGUAAUUUCUACUCGAUUGGAGAUCACGCGACAACAAAACAUUACAAUUUCAAAGUCAAAGGUUAAUAUUAUUGCGGACAAGCAAGGCAUUAAUCUUGUGAGAGCAUCAUGUGAAUUUCAUGGAUCUGAAAUGAUUGCAGAGUAUUCACUUAAUCGAUCAAAUCCAAAACGAGACUUAAAUGGCGACGAUAUUGAGAGCUAUCUAUUUUCAAAAAAAAGACGAAGUACGGAUGAUUAUACAUCAACUCCGCCAAACAGGAUUAGAAAUUCUAGUCCUCAACCAUAUAAUGAAGAAUCAUCUUCGUCUGACUCUGAAAUUGCACCAGUUUCAUUGACAAAUGUAUUUUCUGAAGUACAAAAGCAAGAAUCUAAUAAUCUCACCGAAUCUAAUAUAAAAGCAACCGAUAGCAAAGGGAAAAAAUCGACUAGAGGUUAUAUCAACAAUGAUAUAGCUAAAGAGGUUUUAAUGACAUACGGAAUGUGCGUUUUACUAGGGAAAAAAUUAAUAUAUAGGGGGGUAGAUAUAUUGGGGUCUGCUCAUACUAAUAUGGGAAAAAGUGGAGCUACAAAAAGCCCUCUAUGUAUAGGAGUGAUCAAUGUUCAUAACUCGGAUUGCACAAAGUUUUUGUCCGAUGAAUUUAAAAAUUUCAUUUCAAGUCAACUUCAGGAUCCUGAAUGUCAAGCCAUUUACUUUGAUAAAGAACAACAUAUACCUAAGUUUGUGGUUGACUGCGAAGUGGAAGUAAUACAAUUCUUAAAGAAGUUUUCUGAUGUAGGUGAUCUGGAAUCUUUAGCUAAAUGCUUAAAUGAAAAUCAAAUCGAUAUGGGCAAUGCGUCUAAUGAUCUCAUAUAUGCACGAACGCUGUUGGAUCAUUUUUUCUUUAUGUACAAAAAUGAUAUUUUAUUACAACCAAUGUCUGAAUGCGAACUUAACACUUAUAUUUGGACACCGUUAAUUAGAAAGGCAUUUUUUGGAAGAGCUGAUAUGAAAUUAAGUUGCGGAGAGUUAGCUUCCAAUUCUUAUGAAAAAUUAAAAGAACUUUUAAAUAUUGGCGGUCGAAGUGCCCCUAGAUUGGAUGGGAAGGGUCUUCUAAAGGCAUUAGGAACAGAAUUACUUGUACAAGAAGACGGAGUAUUGAGUACACGUGGUAAAAGAAAAGGAGACUUGAAUAAAUUAGAAUAUUGUUUAAAAAUAAUUUUAACAACGCUUUAUAUCGCAUUACCGACAUCAGCAAAAGAUUACAUUACACAGAUUGAAGCAUAUAGUCUUCAAUCGAACGGAUUUCGUCUUACGGUAUCUGUAUCCAAAUACUUGUUUGAGAACGCUAUUAUUACUAUGGAUCUACAGGAUGUAGAAAUUCCCAAGACUGUAGAAGGUUUCCCGAAGUUGAUAAAAGCUAUUAAGGUGAUUCUAUCGUGGAAAUCACGCACUAGAAAAAAUACUCAGCGAUUUUAUGAAGUACUAAAAUUAGGCAAUGAACAUCUUGAAAACGGAACACAAUUUUCUCCUAAAAAGAUAUCCGCAUAA